AUGUCGACCAAGGCCUCAAGGUGGGCUUCGACCGAAGAAGAUACCGUCGUUGCAGAGCGACGGAAGCAGGAGAAGCAAGAGAAGAAGCGCCUGAAAGAAGAGAAAGCACGACGCGCCGCUCAAGCACCUGCGGCUCAAGCAGAUACUAGACAGGAAGACGAUGACGGUCGCCCUUCAAAGCGACGACGUGUAUCUCAGUCGCCACCUGCUGCACCCGAAGCGCACCUUGUCUCUUUGCCCGCCGGCGGUUUUGGACCCAGUGCUUCGAUCUCUGAGUACGAAUUGCUGAAUGCUAUUGAAGAAGGCUCUUACGGCAAAGUCUCCCGCGCGCGGACUAAGUCGACUGGUACCAUCGUGGCACUCAAGAAGCUCAAAUUUGACAAUGCUCCGGGCGAUGGUUUUCCUAUUACCGGGCUUCGGGAGAUUCAGACCCUGAAAGCUUGCUCUCAUCCACACAUUAUAUCUCUUCUUGAAGUCGUUGUUGGGCCGUCACUCUCAGACAUCUACCUCGUCAUGCCGUUCUUCGAGCACGACCUCAAGACCAUUCUCUCAACCCUCACGGAACCAUUCCUACCGUCCGAAACCAAACUGCUGCUCACCCAACUCACUUCCGCCCUCCACUACCUUCAUGCUCAACAUAUCCUUCAUCGAGACCUCAAAACCUCGAAUCUUCUCCUCAAUAACCUGGGCACCCUCAAGCUCGCGGACUUCGGCAUGGCGCGCUACACCUCGGUUCCCCCUCCCCGACAUCUCACUCAACUGGUCGUAACUCUGUGGUACCGUCCACCAGAACUACUCCUCGGUACCACAUCAUAUGACUCGUCCGUAGACAUCUGGUCCCUAGGCUGCAUCUUCGCCGAGUUACUCACAAGCGACCCGCUCUUCCCCGGCAAGAACGAAGUCGAUCAACUCUCCCUCAUCUUCUCCUUAUUGGGGACUCCCACCUCCUCCUCGUGGCCCGGUUUCCGCUCCCUCCCCAACGCCAAGGCCCUGCACCCCGUUCUCGCUAAAACACCCGAACUCUCCUCCCGCCUCAACGCAAGUAAGUUCCCAUAUCUCUCCUCCGCGGGUCUGCGCUUGCUGGCAUCCUGCCUGAGCCUGAACCCGAUGAAUCGUCCUACGGCGGAGGAGCUGUUGAGCCACCGCUACUUCACGGAGGAGCCGCGCGCCAAACCGAAGGAGAUGUUCCCCACGUUUCCAAGCAAAGCCGGGCUGGAAAAGCGGAGGCGGCUACCAACUCCGCAGGCACCUGUCAGGGGGGAGGCUCCGAAAAUUGAUGAGAGACAGCUGGCUGGUAUCUUUGAAGGUGUUCAGCAUGAGGGCAAAGGGGGCGGAUUCGCUUUGCGUGUUGGCUGA